CACUCUGAGGCGGAUGUGCUAACCAGUCGUGCACCGUGCCGCCCUAUAUCAAAUCCGUUUGAACUUUUAUUCAAUAACGUUCAUAUCCAUCGGAAGGUUGUUCUAAUCGGCCAAAAGCAGAACUAGUAAUGGAAAACUGUUGUUCCCCUACUAGGGUCCAUUCUCGUAUGUUUUUUUUUUUGUCCUCAUUAAUACAUCUCUACAGCUCUAGUAGCACUACUAGGCCCAACUAGUUGACAUGUGUCGUGCACUAGUAAGCUCCUGGACCACUGUAGUGGUGGUUUGGCCUCAAUAGUGACAUGUAGUUGUCCUGAUAGAGAGCAGAAAUGUCAGAUAAUUGUUUAAAAAAAAAAAACAUUGCGAGUAAGAAACAAUCGUUCUAUUAGUCCACCCUAGUUGUUCUACAAGUGUGCCAGAUUUUCUUUCAUAGUGAAGGCAAAGAGCGUACUAGUAUACUAAGAUGGUUGUCAUUCUCUUGGGCACAUUGGCCUCAUGUUGACUGUGUUGUCAGCAUAAUGGGGUUGCUCACUAAAACUGAGUUGCUUUGGCAAUAACUGUAAACAACUGUCACGCGAUUCCUAACCAGAAGGGAAACCAUUGCUGACAUUCCGCUAGCAUGAGGUUAUCAUACAACAAAUAUUUGUCUACGAACCUCACACACCAUUUCCUGAUUGGGAUCGAGCAUGCAGCGCGCGUACUGAAUAGGUGAGGUGGAUGAGCUGCAGGGCGAGGAGCAGGUUCUGUGCCCCGGCUAUUGGCAGACGUUUGGGGGUGAGGAAUAGGUUGCGAGUGAGCGUGUCCCCUUCCCCAAACCUGGAGUCCUUUUACACACAACAAAGCACACGGCCCACGCAGAGUGACAUCAUUCAUUUAAUGUCGCUGUGUGGCAAAAGCCAGCGGCAAAUCGAGACCUGGUUCCGACUGCGCCGCCACCAGGACAAGCCGUGUCAAACCAAGAAGUUUGGAGAAGCGGCUUGGAGGUUCUUUGUCUACCUCACAGCCUUUGUGGGUGGGCUGGCCUGUUUGAUUGAUACCCCCUGGUUCUGGGACCUCAGGGAAUGCUGGAGACAGUAUCCAGUUCAGCCCAUGCAAAGUCGUCAUUUCUGGUACUACAUGCUGGAGCUUGGCUUUUAUGGUUCCCUUCUGCUCCGGAUCUCAGUUGACAUCAAGAGGAAGGAUUUCAAAGAACAAGUGAUUCACCAUUUGGCCACCGUGUUCCUGCUCAGUUUCUCAUAUUGUGCCAACUACAUUCGCAUUGGCACUUUGGUCAUGCUCCUUCAUGACUCAGCUGAUAUCUUACUCGAGUCUGCCAAGAUGUUUAAUUAUGGCUCUGGCUGGAAGAAAGCAUGUGACAUACUCUUUGUGGUUUUUGCUUCAGUAUUCUUUUUGACUCGAUUGGUAAUUUUUCCUAGCAAGAUCAUGCACACAACCCUGGUACUUUCCAUGGAGAAUUGCCAACCCUUUGCUGGCUAUUACUUUUUCAACAUCCUCUUAAUGGUGCUGCAAGGUCUUCAUGUCUUCUGGGCUUCUUUAAUCUUAAGGAUGGUCCCUAAAUUCUUGACAGGAAAGAUGGAAAAAGAUGAACGCAGUGAUGAAGACAGUGACCUGGAAGAAGAUAAACGGGAAGAGGCUGAAGAAGAUUAUUGUCUUACGGAACGUAAAGGCACCCAAAGCUACAAACUAGCCCCCUUGAGUAAAAAUUGUGUCCUUAAUAAUCUCACCAACCACAGGGCCUCAAUUUCUGGUAGAUUGUGUAAAGCUCAGUAGAGAUUUGAAAUUAUUUGGUGUAUUUUUUUUUUUUUAGUAUGGCCAAGGCUACCUUUGAAACAGUGUCAAUCAAUCCAGAAAUAGUAAAGCAUUUGGUGUUAUAUCUUGAACGAUAUAUCAUACUUUAAGUCACACAUUAGAUCACAGUGAUAUUCUCCAACCGUCUCAUAUGAGUGGUGUUGAUUCAAAGCUGGAAAUGAACAUGUAUGAACAUGUCCACGCUGGUAAUUGUAAACCACAAAGCAUGUGUGAGAAAGAGGCGGGAGACAGACUUAUUGAAUGCCACUUGUCCUAUACACCUGAAGGAUGAGCUAUCUCUUUUAUGCAGAUUUGCGAAAUGCU